UGCAAGUGCAGGCUUUACCAAGUUGGUUUCUCUCUUUCGUACCGUCCCGCCAUUUUGAACCUUUACAUGGAGGUGUAGCGUUGUUAAGGAGGCAAAGUAAUAGAGUGAAGUCAUGAAUCAUUUUCACGAGGCGGCCCGUGACGGCCAUCUUGAUUUACUAAGAGAUGCGACAAGACGAGACGCAAAUAAACCGGAUGAUUUCGGACGAACACCGACGCUAUGGGCAGCCUAUGAAGGCAACACGGACGCAUUGCGUUUACUUGUGUCUAGGGGGGGAGAUCCAGACCUCUGCGACACCCAGGGUCACGCAGCGCUUCACUACGCCGCACUCAGUAACCACCUGGACACGUUGACCUUUCUGGUAUCCUUCGGCUGUAACAUCUGGUCCCUGACCAACGACUACCGGACCGCCAAGGACCUGGCCGCUGAGAACAACCAUCAUCAGUGCCUGGCGUUCCUGGACGAUGUCACCGCUCAACAAUCAGCCAAGAACCAGAAACAGGUGAAGAAAAUGAGAGAGAAGGCUCUGGAUGAAGCUGAUAAGAGAGUCAAGAAAGUGAACAAGAAGCAUGCCGAGCACGCCAAGUGGGUCAUGAAAGAAGAAAAGAAAGCAGCUAAGGAUUCUGGACGCUACGUGAAGAAGAAGAAGGGUAUAAUAUCAACUACAAGCAACAACUCCAGUCCAGCUAUGGGUCGACCCUCGAAGAGCAACACAGGAACGUUCUCUUCGACAUCGGAUGCGAGAUCCACGAUCAGCGAACCAAGUGAAGGUCGGGAUCCGGAAGCUCGUCCGGACGUCCGGGAGUCGAGCUUCUGGCUCCCGACCUCAGACCGCCCCGUUGCCGAGAGCCUUCAGAGUAUACCGGCAAAUAAAAUAGACCUAUCAGACAGUACAGCCGAUGAGGACUUACUGACUGAUGCAGUUACAAUAGAACAUGUGAAGAAUGGACGUCGGGAUCCAACAGUGUCCAGAGCUGUUGAUGACGCCAGAAGACCCUCUUCGUCUGCUCUGCAAGCAGCUGCUGUGGACUUACCCUGGGACGAGGAGCUGUUAGACUCGGACGAGGACGAGGAACAUUCACAAACCAGUGAUUUGGAGUUUUUCCUUGCAGUGUUGAAUUUAUCGGAGUAUCUGCCGAUGUUUACACGUGAGGAGAUCGAUCUUCAAGCACUGGUUCUUCUAACGGACGAUGACUUUGUCAAAUUAGGUCUGCCCCUGGGACCGAGGAGGAAACUGACUGAUGCAAUAAUUAGGAGGCGAAACGCCAUGGGCGCGCCGGGCAUCAUGGGAGAUUCACAGCUUUAGCUUAGGAACUCAAAAUAUAAUUUUGGAGUUCAACAACUUUUAAGGAUCUUGAGACCCAUGGUUGAAAAAUGUAUUGAUGAGGUCACAGGCACAGCGUCAGAUGUCAGGCACAACUGGGUCUUGAUGUUGACCUCUAAACAACCCCAGCGCUGGUCAAACUUUUGACGUGAUACAAAUUGACAUCAGCCUUGCCGAAUGCCAGAAGAGCAGGAUACCAGUCAUGUGGAACAUGAUAUGAAAGUUUCUGAUCUAGGCCUAUAGUAAAUUUACCAGAAACUUGUGGAAGUUUAGAAAGCAAGUUGAGUUAACCCAGAAAAUGUCACAUGAUUGGCCGGUGCGUUUUCUAGAUAAAGGACCCUAUGGUUUUCUUCUAGAAUUUUAAAUAUUAAGUGGAGUUUUCUUGUCAUAGUCCAAAUGCUGCCUGCCAUUAUGGAAAUCUGUAUAUUUAAAAAAUAUUAAUCUCUGUUUCAAUAUUGUACAUGAUAAUUUUAAAACCUACUCGAACACAAGUUGCAGGUUCUUCAAACGUCGAAUCUUCAAAAUGGGAAUUAUAACGCAUUGUGUGUAUGUUUUAUUUUUCCGGUCGGCGAGUGUUUUUUUUUCCCCGAGACAGGGAUGGUAAUAGUGUCUUUGGUGCCAGUUCUCCAAAUCUUUUACUCCACAUUUCAUGACACAUUUUAAAUUGAUGCAAUAUUGCUAUUUGUAAUUUAGUUUGCAAUCAAGGGUUCAAAUCUCUUUGGUGACCGCGGUGACCUUUACACACUUUGGCCGCCUGAGGAUUGUCGGAUGAUCUUUCCGGUUCGAUCUCUUUGGUAAAACUGCAUAUUGUUUAAUUGGUUAAUUUGUACAAAGUUAUAAUUUCUCUGAAAAAGUCUUGUUUUGGUUUAAUUUCUAUGCAAAUGUCAUCACCUGACCAUGACGUGAUUAAAAUCAAAAUUGCGUAAAUGAAGAUGAGGUGGUGGAUAUAGUUUUCUUUAAAGUCCAUGAUGAUGUUUAUCUUCUAAAACAUGUACUCGUGUGUCAAAAUGAUUUAUUCCAACUGAACACACAAGAAUAAGAGACCACGAUGACACACAUACCUAAAUUAAGUGGCAAUGUCUAAGGUUUUUGCAAUCAGCGAGCACGGCUGGACAUUUGAAAACAACUCUAGGGCAACACUAAUGAAAGCCUAUUAAUACCAAAGGUCUCUGUUAUCAGCGAGUACGAUAAAUUCAACCCAAUACUUAUAUCACAAUUUAUGAAUAAUUAAUAUUUAAUGAGUCCUCGAUCUGCUGGGUAGUUCUUUGAUUGUCCAUUUUGUGUAAAGGUUUGCCGAUGUGUAGAAUUCCAA